AGCGCGUCGCGCUCGUGCUCGCGCUCGCCGCGUGCGCGGCCGCGGUGUGGGUCGCGGGGGCGGUCGUGUGGCCGCGGAUGGUGCGGUGGAUGGGGUGGCUCGUGGCGUUCCUGGGCGUCGGGCGCGCGGUGGAGGGGGCGUGGACCGCGGUGUGCGCGCUGCCGGUGUUGCUGUUCUGGGUGCUCACUCUGCCGGUGUGGGGCCCGUUCUGGUGCGCGAAGGUCGUGGGGGCGUGGGUGUGGUCGGCGUCGGGCGCGCUGGUCUGGACGGCGGUUGCUGGGUUGCGGAGGGGCGCGCUGGGCGUGAACUUGGCGGAGACUCGGAUGUGGUGAGCCCGUGCGUGUUUCGUGCUCGUGUAUGUAUGAUAGGCGUGGUUGCGUCCGUGCUCUCUCGCUUUCAGGUUGCUGUUGUUGUCUGAGCCAUGGAUUAGAAGUAUGCUGCUGCCCUUGGGCAUGGACCUCGUUGUAUGCGUUCUCGCUGCUAGUACUCACUGUAUGCUUUCCUGCGCUUGUUAUGCCUUCCCCUCACGUCUAUGUAGUGUCCAGUUUUUUGAUCUUGAGACAUUGGGGCGACGCAGCAAAAAUUCGAGAUAACAUAUCUUCAAA